AUGAGAUUUCUUCAAACUGAACUUAAAGAACUUAAUCCUUUUGUUCAAAUUUUUCAAAGUGCUAGACAGCAAUUUCAAGUUAAUUCUAAUUCUAAUUUGAGAUUAAAAAUUUCAUCAAUACAUAGUCAAGAUAUAAGAACCUACAAUACACCAACUGCUUCAGAAAUUGCAGCUAUAAUUAAUGAUGAUGAUGAAAUUAACUCUGGUAGAGAUAUUAUUCUUACUACACAACAGGUUUAUUUGCAAUAUAUAACAGAAUUACAUGGUGCCUAUGAUCCAUUACAGUACCUACUUCUUUUUUCAAGAGGUGAAUAUGGAUGGCAUACUGAUAUUUUGCAAACUAUUAUAACUAAUAACAAUACUAAUAAAUUAGAAGAAUCUUUACAAUUAAAUCCUAAUCAUUCUUAA